AUGUCCUUUCCCCCACCACCACCCCCCGGAUGGGGUCCUCCUCCACCGCCGCCUCCUCCUCCAUCAUCGUCCCUCCCUCCACCACCAGCAGCACCAGCUCCCCCGCCACCGGGUUAUCGCCCCCCGACCGAUCCCCAGAUCGCCAAGUUCGCCCAAAAGAAGAAGGAAUGGCUUCGGAGUCAGCGCAACCGAUUCGGCGAGAAGCGUAAGGGUGGCUUUGUUGAGACGCAGAAGGCAGACAUGCCCCCUGAGCAUCUGCGCAAGAUCGUCAAGGAUAUUGGCGAUGUGUCGCAGAAGAAGUACACAAGCGAUAAGCGCAGUUACCUCGGUGCAUUGAAGUUCAUGCCCCAUGCUGUGAUGAAGCUUCUCGAAAAUAUGCCCAUGCCGUGGGAGUCUGAUAGAAAAGUCAAGGUCCUGUACCAUGUCAACGGCUGUUUGACGUUGGUUAAUGAGAUCCCCAGAGUCAUUGAACCUGUUUUCUUUGCGCAGUGGGCAAUGAUGUGGACAUUUAUGAGGAAGGAGAAGGCCGACAGACGUCUCUUCAAGCGCAUGCGAUUUCCCCCUUUCGAUGAUGAAGAACCACCCCUGUCAUGGUCGGAGAAUAUCGAGGACGUUGAGCCCCUGGAGCCUAUCCAAAUGGAGCUGAACGAAGAGGAGGAUGCCGCCGUGUUCGAGUGGUUUUAUGACCACAGGCCGCUCCUCGAUACUCCUCACGUCAAUGGCGACAGCUAUAGGUCGUGGAAUCUUAACCUACAGCAGAUGGCUACGCUUUUCAGAUUGAGUCGGCCUCUCAUCUCUGACGUGGUGGAUAAGAACUACUUCCACCUCUUCGAUCUGCGAAGCUUCCUCACAGGAAAGGCUCUCAAUGUCGCCCUGCCCGGUGGACCCCGAUUCGAGCCUCUCUACAAGGAUAUUGAUCCCAACGACGAGGAUUUUGGAGAGUUCAACGCCAUCGACCGAAUCAUCUUCAGAAACGCCAUUCGCACAGAGUUCCGGGUGGCUUACCCCUAUCUGUACAACUCUCUCCCUAGAAGUGUGCACUUAGCAUGGCACUCCCACCCUCAGGUGGUCUUCGAGAGAUCAGACAACCCCGACCUACCUGCUUUCCACUUCGAUCGCAGAAUUCAUCCCAUUUCUUCGCGUGCGGUGGCGCCAAAGAAUCUCACAGUGAGCCACGAGGAUGAGAUAUUCGGAGCUGGCAACAACGAGGAGCCUGAAGAUGACGCGUUUGAACUCCCUGCUGAAUUUGAGCCUUUCCUUGGGGACGAGGAACUGACCAACGAAGACACUGCAUCGGCAAUUGAGUUGUGGUGGGCUCCCUUCCCAUUCGAUCGUCGUUCAGGUCGCAUGGUGCGGGCUCAGGAUGUUCCUCUUAUCAAGCAAUGGUACUUGGAGCACCCUCCAUCAGACAAGCCGCCGGUCAAGGUUCGCGUCUCUUACCAGAAGCUGCUCAAGAACUUUGUCUUGAAUGAACUCCACAAGAAGAAGCCCAAGGCACAGCAAAAUCAGAACCUGAUGCGCAACCUGAAGCAGACAAAGUUCUUCCAGCAGACUGAGAUCGACUGGGUUGAAGCUGGUCUUCAAGUCUGCAGACAGGGUUUCAACAUGCUCAACCUCCUUAUUCAUCGCAAGAACCUGACCUACCUUCACCUCGAUUACAACUUUAAUUUGAAGCCUGUCAAGACCUUGACCACCAAGGAGCGAAAGAAGUCCCGUUUCGGAAACGCAUUCCAUCUCAUGCGUGAGAUUCUGCGGUUGACCAAGCUGAUUGUGGAUGCCCAAGUGCAGUACCGUCUUGGCAACAUCGACGCUUUCCAAUUGGCUGAUGGUAUUCUGUACGCCUUCAAUCACGUUGGACAGCUUACCGGCAUGUACCGCUACAAGUACAAGCUUAUGCACCAAAUUCGUUCAUGCAAGGACUUGAAGCACUUGAUUUACUACCGCUUCAACUCCGCGCCCGUCGGCAAGGGUCCCGGCUGCGGUUUCUGGGCUCCCGCCUGGAGAGUCUGGCUCUUCUUCAUGCGAGGUAUCAUCCCUCUUCUUGAGAGGUGGCUUGGAAACUUGCUGUCCCGUCAAUUCGAGGGCCGUCACAGCAAGGGCGUUGCCAAGACAGUCACCAAGCAGCGUGUGGAGUCUCACUUUGAUCUCGAACUCCGUGCGUCUGUUAUGGCUGACCUGAUGGACAUGAUGCCCGAGGGUAUCAAGCAGAAUAAGGUCAACAUCGUCCUCCAGCACUUGUCUGAGGCUUGGAGAUGCUGGAAGAGCAACAUUCCCUGGAAGGUGCCUGGUCUGCCGGCACCCAUUGAGAACAUCAUCUUGCGUUACGUGAAGGCAAAGGCUGACUGGUGGAUUUCUGUCGCUCACUACAACCGAGAGCGUAUCCGCCGUGGAGCAACCGUUGACAAGACUGUAGCCAAGAAGAACGUUGGUCGUCUUACCCGACUGUGGCUCAAGGCCGAGCAAGAGAGACAGCACAACCACAUGAAGGACGGUCCCUACGUUUCUUCAGAGGAGGCUGUCGCGAUUUACACCACCACAGUUCACUGGUUGGAGUCUCGCAAGUUCUCUCCCAUUCCUUUCCCCAGUGUGUCUUACAAGCACGACACCAAGAUCCUCAUUCUGGCACUGGAGCGCUUGCGAGAGGCUUACUCUGUCAAGGGUCGUCUCAACCAGAGUCAGCGCGAGGAGCUGGCUUUGAUCGAGCAGGCAUAUGAUAGUCCUGGCACCACGCUGGAGCGUAUCAAGCGUUUCCUCCUCACACAGCGCGCCUUCAAGGAAGUCGGAAUCGACAUGAACGACAACUAUAGCACCAUCAACCCUGUAUAUGACAUUGAGCCCAUCGAGAAGAUCAGUGAUGCCUACCUCGACCAGUACCUGUGGUACCAGGCCGACCAACGCCACCUCUUCCCCGCGUGGAUCAAGCCCUCAGACUCUGAAGUGCCGCCACUUCUGACCUACAAGUGGGCGCAGGGAAUCAACAACCUCGACAAGGUCUGGGAAACCGAAAAUGGAGAGUGCAACGUCAUGAUCGAGACGGAGCUGUCCAAGGUCUACGAGAAGAUUGAGCUUACCUUGCUCAACUCUCUGCUUCGGUUGAUCAUGGAUCACAACCUUGCGGACUAUAUCACUGCCAAGAAUAACGUGCAGCUGACAUACAAGGACAUGAACCACGUGAACAGCUACGGCAUGAUUCGUGGACUGCAGUUCUCCGCAUUCGUUUUCCAGUACUACGGUCUUGUGCUCGACCUUCUUCUCCUGGGCCCUCAGCGGGCGAGUGAGAUCGCGGGACCUCCUCAGAGCCCCAACGAUUUUCUUCAGUUCCGUGACAGAGAAACCGAGACAAGACACCCUAUCCGUCUCUACACUCGUUAUAUUGACAAGAUUUGGGUCUUCCUGCGUUUCACGGCCGAUGAGUCCCGAGAUCUCAUUCAACGUUUCCUCACUGAGCAACCUGAUCCCAACUUUGAGAAUGUUAUUGGUUACAAGAGCAAAAAGUGUUGGCCUCGUGACUCGCGUAUGCGUCUCAUGAGGCACGACGUCAACCUGGGCCGAGCCGUCUUCUGGGAUCUGAAGAACCGUUUGCCGCGGUCUGUCACCACCAUUGAAUGGGAUGACAGCUUUGCUAGCGUCUACAGUCGCGACAACCCGAACUUGUUGUUUUCAAUGUGCGGUUUCGAGGUUCGCAUCCUGCCCAAGUGCAGAAAUCAGAAUGACGAUUUCUCAGUCAAGGACAGUGUUUGGUCCUUGGUUGACAAUACAAGCAAAGAGAGGACGGCGCACGCGUUCCUUCAGGUCACGGAGGAGGACAUUCAAAAGUUCAACAACCGGAUCCGUCAAAUUCUCAUGUCUUCGGGAUCGACCACAUUCACCAAGAUUGCCAACAAGUGGAACACUGCCUUGAUCGCGCUAUUCACGUACUACCGCGAGGCAGCAGUUUCUACCGUGAGCUUGCUCGACACCAUUGUCAAGUGCGAAACGAAAAUUCAAACGAGAGUUAAGAUCGGAUUGAACUCCAAGAUGCCUUCUCGUUUCCCUCCGGCAGUGUUCUAUACUCCGAAGGAACUGGGAGGUCUGGGCAUGAUUUCCGGCUCGCAUAUCUUGAUUCCUGCCAGUGAUAAGCGGUGGUCAAAGCAGACUGACACUGGCGUGACACAUUACCGCGCCGGAAUGACGCAUGACGAAGAAACGCUCAUCCCCAACAUCUUCCGAUACAUCAUCCCAUGGGAGGCCGAGUUCAUCGACUCUCAGCGAGUCUGGACGGAAUAUUCACAGAAGAGAUUGGAAGCCAACCAACAGAAUCGUCGUCUGACCCUCGAGGAUCUGGAGGAUAGUUGGGAUCGCGGCUUGCCGCGUAUCAACACCCUUUUCCAGAAGGACAGGAGCACCUUGAGUUUUGACAAGGGCUUCCGCGCUCGCGCAGAGUUCAAGAUCUAUCAGCUCAUGAAAAAUAACCCUUUCUGGUGGACUAGCCAGCGGCACGACGGAAAAUUGUGGAACCUCAACGCUUACCGCACCGAUGUCAUCCAAGCUCUCGGUGGUGUAGAAACUAUCCUGGAGCACACCUUGUUCAAAGCAACAGGUUUCCCAUCAUGGGAAGGCUUGUUCUGGGAAAGAGCGAGCGGUUUCGAAGAAUCCAUGAAGUUCAAAAAGUUGACGAACGCUCAACGAUCCGGUUUGAACCAGAUUCCCAACAGACGCUUCACCCUCUGGUGGUCGCCUACAAUCAACAGAGCCAACGUCUACGUCGGUUUCCAGGUUCAGCUUGAUCUCACGGGCAUCUUCUUGCACGGAAAAAUUCCCACCCUGAAGAUCUCGCUCAUCCAGAUUUUCCGAGCUCACUUGUGGCAGAAGAUCCACGAGUCUGUUGUCAUGGAUUUGUGCCAGGUCUUUGACCAAGAACUCGAGUCCCUUGGCAUUGAGACGGUGCAGAAGGAGACAAUUCAUCCCAGAAAGUCUUACAAGAUGAACAGUUCUUGUGCCGACAUUCUGCUCUUCGCCAGCCACAAGUGGAACGUCACUCGACCUUCACCCCUAUUUGACACCAAGGAUGUGAUCGAGCCUACCACGACGAACAAGUUUUGGAUCGAUGUCCAGCUGAGAUACGGCGACUACGACUCUCACGACAUUGAGAGAUACACUCGUGCAAAGUACCUCGACUACACCACGGACAGUGCCAGUAUCUACCCUUCGGCAACCGGCCUCAUGAUUGGUAUUGACCUGGCUUAUAACCUGUACUCUGCGUACGGCAUGUACUUCCCCGGUCUGAAGGUCCUCGUCCAGCAGGCCAUGGCCAAGAUUAUGAAGGCCAACCCGGCUCUUUACGUCCUGAGAGAGCGUAUCCGCAAGGGUCUGCAGCUUUACGCCUCCGAGAGCAACCAGGAGUUCCUCAACUCCCAGAACUACUCUGAACUUUUCAGUAACCAAACGCAGCUCUUCAUUGACGACACCAACGUCUACCGUGUGACGAUCCACAAGACUUUUGAGGGCAACUUGACUACCAAGCCCAUCAACGGUGCCAUUUUCAUCUUCAACCCUAGAACCGGUCAACUGUUCUUGAAGAUUAUUCACACGAGCGUUUGGGCUGGUCAGAAGCGUCUCGGACAAUUGGCAAAAUGGAAGACUGCCGAAGAAGUAGCGGCCCUGAUCCGCUCCCUUCCCGUGGAAGAGCAGCCGAAACAGCUCAUUGUCACCCGCAAGGGUCUGCUGGAUCCUUUGGAAGUCCACUUGCUCGACUUCCCAAACAUUGCCAUCAGAGCCUCAGAGCUGCAGCUGCCUUUCCAGGCCGCCAUGAAGGUCGAGAAGCUUGGAGACAUGAUCCUCCGUGCCACCGAACCGCAGAUGGUGCUCUUCAACCUAUACGACGAGUGGCUCAAGAGCAUCUCGUCGUACACCGCCUUCUCCCGUCUUGUCUUGAUCCUGCGUGCCCUCCACGUCAACCCAGACAAGACGAAGCUCAUCAUGCGCCCGGACAAGACGGUCAUCACCCAAGACCACCACAUCUGGCCCUCGCUCUCCGACGAGGACUGGAUCAAGGUCGAGACGCAGCUGCGCGACCUCAUCCUCAACGACUACGGAAAGAAGAACAACGUCAACGUCUCCAGUCUGACGAGCAGCGAAGUUCGCGACAUCAUCCUGGGUAUGGAGAUCUCCGCGCCCUCCAUGCAACGCCAGCAGGCGGCCGAGAUCGAGAAGCAGCAGCAGGAGCAGCAGCAGCUCACGGCCGUGACGACAAAGACGCAAAACGUCCACGGCGAGGAAAUCAUCGUCACGACGACGUCGCAAUUCGAGCAGCAGACCUUUGCCUCCAAGACGGAGUGGCGCACCCGCGCCAUCGCCACGUCCAACCUGCGCACAAAGGCCAACAACAUUUACGUCUCGUCCGUCGACAACGAUCUCGAGGAAAUCACCUACGUCAUGCCAAACAACAUCCUCAAACGCUUCAUCACCAUCGCCGACCUCCGCGUCCAGGUCGCCGGCUACCUCUAUGGAUCCUCCGCCCCAGACAACGACCAAGUCAAGGAGAUCAAGUGCAUCGUCAUGAUCCCUCAGAUCGGCGGCCUGCGCAACGUUCAGCUGCCCCAGCAGCUCCCGCAGCACGAGUUCCUCGAGGGCAUGGAGCCCCUCGGCGUAAUCCACACCGCCUCGGGCGCAGAACUGCCCUACAUGUCCGCCGCCGACGUCACAGAACACGCGCGCCUCCUCGACGCCCACGGCGCCUGGGACAAGCACGACACCGUCACCGUCAACGUGGCCUUCACGCCCGGUUCCGUCUCCCUCUCGGCCUGGGGCCUCACGCCCACCGGAUACAAGUGGGGCGCCGACAACAGGGACUUGCAGAGCGACCAGCCCCAAGGUUUCACGACGAGCAUGGGCGAGAAGCGCAAGCUCCUGCUCAGCCCGCGCUUCCGCGGCUUUUUCCUCGUGCCGGAGAGCGGCAUGUGGAACUACAGCUUCAUGGGCUCGGCCUUUGCCGGCAUGGAGAAGAAGCCCGUCCACGUCAAGCUCGAUACACCCCUGCCGUUCUACAGCGACCAGCACCGUCCCGUGCACUUCCACAGCUUUGCUGAGCUGGAGGACAUCUGGGUCGACCGGACGGAUAACUUUGCUUAA